AUGACGCCAAAGUCUUCAAUUCUCUAUCAAAACACAUCCAACACAGUUUUCCUAAUCGACAUUCCAGCAUCCAUUGCACUAGCACAAGAAUUAUCACUGGAACCACAACCUGGUGUACCUAGCGACAAUAUCAGUUUCGUCUCCACAGAGCCACCGAAAAAGAAACAAAGACGCAUUUUAUCUACUCCAGCAUUAAAAACACCAUACCCGGCAUCUUUUGAGCCGAAAUCAGAGGCCGCGCGGGCGAGGGUUCUCGCACGAAUCCCGCGUUCUGAAAUUCAUGAGGAGAUAUCACCUUUAUUGUCCAAUGCCCUAGAAGAUAUUCGGAAUCAUUAUUGCCAGGGCUCAGAAUGGUAUCUUCCACGAUGUCUUUUAGAAGAUGAUGAAUCUAAAGGGCGUGAUCAAGAACUCGACCGCUCCGCGUGCCUGGCCAGAAUUCGAUCUGGGGAGAGCGACAGGGGGAAGAAAAGAAGGCCGCAGGAUAGAAAUGCCACAAGGAAUGAGCAUGACGAAGAAGACGAUAAAUUCCAUCCUGAAUAUUUUCCUCUGCCGUCUAGCCAGCAAGGCUUUGCAAUCGCUCAAUCUCCAUUCCAACCACCUCUGAUUCUAUCGCCGGGGAGAAACAGGUUCAAAGACGAAGCGGAGCUAUGCAACAACCUUGUGAAGAAUACAUCCCCGGAAACAGCAGUUGUCGAAAUUCACAGCUUAUUCGCGGCUAAACCGCUUAAAAACUUUAAGGUUGAUACUGAGAAACAAGAGUGCACUCGGGUCUUCAUCAUACCGCCUCUGUCGAAUUUCAUACUAUGCAACCUACCAAUAUCGACACCCUUAACGGGGAUGGGACACGACAAUCCAAGUCCGAUUCCAAGUCUGGCCUCAAACCAGAAGUUUAACCUUAUUGUAAUGGAUCCGCCGUGGUCCAAUAAAUCCGUACGCCGCAGCGGCUAUUAUGAAACAGGGACCUACCUUGAUAGUGAGCUGCUGAUGGCGUAUAUAUGCGCCGUACUCACUGUGCAUUCAUAUUCGCCUUUACAGAGUGGAGAUCUAACUCCUGAAAAUAAAUCCAACUUAUCUAUUGCCGCUAUAUGGAUUACCAAUUCGGCCAGAGCAAGGGAGGCAGCAUACGGUGGGCUUGCUGGGGCAGGCUUCUCCGUUUGCGAAGAAUGGGUAUGGGUUAAGACGGCCGUUGAUGGCCAACCAGUAACGCCAAUCGAAGGUGUCUGGCGCAAACCAUAUGAAAUCCUCGUUAUUGGGAAGAGGAAGCCUGGCUCUAUAACCAGAGCCCCGGGUGAUGGCAUUUUGAGGAGGGUUAUUGCUGCUGUCCCUGAUGUUCAUUCUCGGAAGCCGAAUCUAAAGGAGGCAUUUGAGAAAACUUUCUUCACGCCAGAGCCUAAUACCGCUCCUGUGCACUAUUCGGCGCUGGAGGUAUUUGCUCGCAAUUUGACGGCAGGAUGGUGGGCUUGUGGUAAUGAGGUGCUUAAAUUUAAUUCAGAAAACUGGUGGUCUGAUGAGUGA